AUGUUUGUUUGUCUUAUUUCCACAUCAAACGCACAAGAUGCUGAACCAGCAAAAAAUCCAAGUCCGGCUGAACAAAAACAAAGCAGUCUUGUUCCUAACAAUAUAAUACAGUUUCCGAUAAGCGAUCCAACUCAAUCAAAAAGUGGUUUUACGUGUCCUGUUGUUGGAAAUUAUAACGAUCUUAAGAUAUACCCCAGCUUUUUCUCUCAACUAGGAACGUUCUUCCCUAUUCUAGGUCUUCUUUUCACUGUGGCUGUUUAUGGUACAACAUCCGUGUUUGGAUAUAUAACAACAUGUCUACUUGAUGAUAUUGUUAUUUUGGGGACAUCCUUAGUACUCAUCAUUUCGUGGUACAGCUUCACCAAACCAUUUUGGUUGGUUUUAUUAGCGAAUUUAUUGCAAGGUGCUGCGAGCAAGCGUGAUGCUUUAUCAACUUUUUUCAUUGCAAAAAAAGCUGUUGUGAUUGUUGGAUCUGAUUCUGGACCAGUUGGAAUUAAUUACACUGUUCCUAUCAUAGCACUUGGUUGUAUUUUUGUUGUAACUGGUAUAAGUUCUCUGGUUACACUGGGGAUUCUCAGAAUUGAUUUUCACAAAAAACGGGAAAUUCUUAGCAAUCCAGAUAAUAAACACUACAGGCGUUUCUACAAGAGAAUAAAAGGCAUCAUUAUUUGGAUUUACUUUAUUCAUUCACUUGAAGUCGUAAUUUAUACUGCUUUGCAAUUCGCAUAUGUCUUUAAAGUGCUAUUAACCAUACAAGGAAGUGGGAGCAUUGGUCUUGCUGCAGUUCUAAGAGCAUUUAAUUUGCUAACCAUAAAUUAUCUCAUGAAGUUUGCUUAUUUCAUCUCAACCACCACCUUAAUUACCUCAUAUUACUUUCCUAAUUUAGAAGUACGUUUCAUAAAAUUUGUGAAAGGGAUUUUCACAAAAGAACCUGUUAAACUUUCCGAGAAUGAAAAGAGGUUUUACCAAGGUUUUAUUCGUAAAAAAACUUUCUUUCUUGCCACUACCCUUUCCUUGGGUCAAAUAUUUUUUGAAUAUUACUGGUUUUGUACUCCUCCAGUUAUUAGUACAGUCUUCAACACUAUUCUUACAACAGUUUUGACUCGUGCAGUCGCAUCAUUCUUUUCUAACCGGGGAAUAGUUAAAUAUAUUUAUAAAAAAAAAAAAUAUAUUAGUAAAGAUGAAGCAAAAGAAGCUAUCGAUGGAGAUAUUCAAGAUAUCAAUGAAGAAGAUAUCGAAGAUAAAAAAAAGGUUUAUGCACAAGUCAGCAUUAUGGAUAUUCAUAAUGUUAAAAGUUUUAAUAUAAAUAAGGAUAAGUAUGAUGGUAGCAGCAUUAUAAAUCCCAAGAAAUUGGAAAAAUAUUUAGUUGAUUCUACGGGUAGUUAUAUUUAUGUUUAUAAAAAAGCCACAAAAGAAAAAAGUAAUCCAGAAGAAAAUACAAAAGAAAAAGGCAGUCCAGAAGAAAAUACAGAAGAAGAAAAUACUUCAACAAAAAAUAUUACAGAAAACGAUGAUGAUGAGAUUACUGUAGAUAAAAGUGUAUCUACAGGACCAAGUCCAAUAGAAGAAAAAAAAAAUAAAGAUACAAUUACUAAGAAGCCCAAGUCUAAGCAAUAUUACUACGUUAUGCCUGUUCAGGAUUCUAUGUACUUUGUUGAACUUGAAUUUGAUAAAAAUAAAAUCGAGAAAAAAAAGCAUGCGUACCAGAACGAAAAGAACAAAUACAUUGAGGCAAAGAAAAAAUACAAGGAUAUAUUAAAAAAAGAAAACGAGAAAGAAAAUGAAGAAGAAAUUAAAAAGCUCAAAGAAAUAAAGGAUAAAUAUGAAAAAAUAAAGAGCAAUUACAAUCAAAUUUUAGAGAAGGAAAAAAAGGAGAAAAACGUUAACAAAUACGAAAAAAUAGAGAAUGAAUACAAGAAAGUAGAGAAUGAAUACGAGAAAUCAAAUGAUAGUGCAAAGGAGGGGAUGAAGAUUGAAUACGAGUACAAAAAGAAUGAAUACGAGUACGAGAGGGAAAAAAUAGCAUACAAGAAAAAGUGGAAAGAAUAUGAGGAAAAAAAGAAAGAAUAUGAGGAAAUAAAUGAUGAAUGCGAGAAAAUAGUAGGAGUCGAGAAAAUAGGAGGAGGCGAAAAAAUGAAAGAAUACGAGAAAAAGUGGGAAGAAUAUCAGCAAAAAAAGAAAGAAUACGUGGAAAUAAAGGUUGAAUAUGAGAAAUUAGAAGGAGAUAACAAGGAGGCGAAAAGGACUGAGUACGAGGGAAAAAUGAAAAAAUACGAGGAAGAAAUGGAGGAAUACAAGAGGAAAAAAGAAGAAUAUGAAAGUAAAAUGAAAGCAUACAAGAAAAUAAAGUAUGAAUACGAGAAAUCAAAAGGAGGAGAUAAAAAUAAGACUGAACACGAGGAAAAAAAGAAAGAAUAUGAGAAAAAAAAGAAAGAAUACGAGGAAGUAAUAGAGGAAUACAAGAAAAUAAAGGAAGACGAAAUGAAGAAUGCAAAUGAUGAGUACGAGAAUGCAAAGAAAAAUUACGAGGAGGCAAUGACAAAUUACGAGAAGGCAAUGACAAAUUACGAGAAGCCAAUGAAAGGUUAUUUGAACAAAAUUGAAAAGGAUAAAGAAGUAGAGAAGAAGAAAUUCUAUGAAAAAAGGGAUGAAUACGAGUAUAAAAAAACAAAGAAAGAAUACAAGGAAAAGAAGAGAGAAUAUGAGGAGUCAAAGAGAGAAAAGGAUAAAGCGCUUGCGAAGGCAAUGAAAAAACCCGGGGAUGGAAAGAAGAAAGGAGAUGAAAAGGGGGAAAAACAGAGUGAAGCAAAUAAGAACGAAACUGAACUUACUAUACAGCAAACAAUUCAGAAGGAAAUGAAAGAAUACGACGAUAAAAAUAAGAAAAAAAAUGAUAAAAUAAAAAGUGAAUACGCGAAAAUAUUGGAAAAAUACAUAAACGCAAAGGACAAAAGAUAUGAACAACGAAAGAAGAAUAUAAUGACUGAGACAGAGGAAAAAUACCAGAAAGCGAAGAAAAAAUACAUAAAUGAUAAGAAGAAUGAAAUAAUAAAAAAAUACAAAGAUGAUAAGCCGGUGAAAAUAAUGGAUGAAUUCGAGCAAGCAAUUGUUGCAAAACACGCGAUGGAAAAAAUAGAAUACGAGAAUAAAUUGACUGAAUACGAGAAACAAAUGGACGAUUACGAUUAUUAUUCUGCAGAUCUUGAUAAUUUGUAUGAUGAGUACUAUAAAAUAAAGGGUGAACUCGAGGAAAAAAUAGCUAAAUUCGAAUACGAGACAAAAAAGAAAGAAUAUGAGGAAAUGGAGAAAGAGAACGUGGAAGACGAGGAAAGCUAUAACGAUGCAGAAACAAAUAAAGAAUAUGAGAAUGCAAAGAAAAAUUACGAUAAAAUAUACGAAAUAAAAAAGGGAGAAUAUGAGAAAGCAAAGAAAAAAUACGAGCAGGUAAUGUUGAAAAUAAUUAAUAAAUACAAAGAAGCAAAGAAAGAAUAUGAGAAAGCAAAGGGGAUGGAAAUGAAGAAUAUAAUAGAAGAAAAGAAUGAAAGAACCAGGAAAAUCAAGGAAGAAAUCAAGAAAGAAAUUGAGAAAAUCAGGAAUGAUAUAGGUUGUGAUGGAAUUGCAUUUCACGACUAUACUGGUGGAAGUUUCGAAAAACAAAAUGAAAUCUCCAGAUUCAGACCAAAUGACCUUGAAAAAGGACUUCCUUCUCCUUCUAUUAAACUUAUUAGAAAUUGUGAGAAAAUCGAAGGCCACGUCUUGAUUAACAUACUUGAAACAGGAUUCCUAAAUUAUAUUGUUUAUUCUCAUCGUUCUUCUAAACAGCCCGGAUUACUAAAAUGGAUAAAAUGGAAAUACCAUCUGUAUAUUAACCAGUCUGGUUGCAAACAAUCCUGGAGAGAAGAGAAAAUGAAAUUGAGGGAAGAGGACCUUAAAGCGGAACUGGAAAAACUAGAUCCCGCACGGAAGAAACAAGAAUUAGAGGAGCUGAUAAAUCAGGAAUUAGAGAAACUGGAGGAGCAGAAACAACGACUGGAGGAGCUGAAAGAGGAACAGAAACAAAUAGGCCCAUUACCUUAUUAUUUAAUUUAA